AAUGAAUGGUUAGAAGUGGUUGAAGGUACUCAUAAACUUUGGCAGGGUAUCUCUCCUGAAAAAAAAGGAGCUAUACGUGGAUUUUUAGUACACUUUCAAUUAGAAAUUCUAAGGCGAGCACACAAGAAAUUCGACUUUCGCAAUGGUAGUAUUGGCAAUUUCUUUCUUACUGGAGCACGAAUUUUUUGUGGAUCGUUAGAGAGUGCAAUUUUUAUAUUUGCAGCAAUAACGGGAAUUAGCGAGUCGUCGAAAGUGAUCCCAAUAAUUAAUACUAAUCAUACUGUGGCUAUCGCGGCAGAACUUGAUAAUGGAAGCAUAAUAACUGGUCAAUGUGAAAUUUCGCAUCCAUCCCAAAAACCACAAAAUUCACCUUCAGAUGUUGAUCAUUUAAAUUUAUCUACUGAAACUUUUGAUUCUAUAAAUACUGGUUCGAAAAGCAAUCUUAUUUUCGAUAAAUCCAACGUAGCCUCAUUAAAUCGUCGAAUUCACCGGAUAUAUUACAUUAAUGAAUAUGGGCAAGAAAUAUUUCCCUUCGUAAAUUCAAGAGUGUUCGAUAGUCUUUCAACGAAAUCAACACUCAUAUAUUCCAUCGGUUCUUUAUAUACGUCCAUUAUGCCUUGCCUAAUCCUGCGUGGAGUUGGCAAAGCAAUAGCCGAGUCUACCACAUUGAAAAACAAGAUUCUGAUUCUCAAUGGCUCAAAUGAUCGUGAAACUGAUCAAUUCACUGCUUUAGAUUUCAUAAAGUCUAUUGUGGAUGGGUGUAAUUCUUCAUUGAGAUUUGAUGGGUUCUGGCCCAAAGAAUAUCCUGUGAAGCAUUAUAUAACACAUCUAAUUUACUUGGAUAAUUCACAGGUGAAAGUUGACGUAGCAGAAAUCGAAAAAUUAGGAAUAGAAUGUAUAAAGGCAAAAGGUGCAUUUCAAGAUGGGCAACCUGUAUUUACCGAAGAAACACUUGAUAAU